CGGGCAGGUGCGCGCCGUUUGAAAGCAUGGCGCCGGCGGCGCGGCUGGUGCUGUGUGAGGAGAAGAUCCGGGAGAAGAGCGGCCUGGCGCCUCACUGCGACCUGGCUGAACUUCAGUCAUUAUCUAUUCCUGGAACUUACCAAGAAAAGAUUACUCACCUAGGAAGUUCUUUCAUGAAUUUACUGAGUCUGAAAUCUCUAGAUCUUUCGCGAAACUCCUUGGUUAGCCUAGAGGGCAUCGAGUACCUGACGGCGCUGGAGAGCCUCAACCUCUACUGCAACCGCAUCUCCUCGCUGGCAGAGGUCUUCCGGCUGCGCUCCUUGGCGGCGCUCUCGGACGUGGACCUGCGGCUGAACCCCGUGGUCAAGAGCGAGGCCGACUACCGGCUCUUCGUCGUGCACAUGCUCCCGGGGCUCAGGCAGCUGGAUGACCGCCCUGUGAGGGAGCGCGAGCGCACAGCGUCCCAGCUGCGCUUUGCCUUGGAGGAAUCGCCGGACUUAAAGCAGAGCUUCCCAGCUGUUUUCAGAGUCGAGAGGCGGUGCCCCUCCAGGGCCAAGGGUCCUGACCCCUCAGCCAAGAAGUGCUUGGUGAUGGAUGCAGACGACGAGGCGGUCCUGAACCUCAUCGCCGAGUGCGAGUGGGACCUGAGCAACCCCCCUGGCAGCAUGAGCUCCAGCCAGAGGGAGCCGGAGGCCAGCGUCCAGAGCUCCCACGAGUCGCAGCAUGUGUCGAGCCCUCGGUUGGUGCAGCAGCAGUGCGGGGACUCCCUGAGGAAGGGCCCCGAGAAGAGGCGGAGCCCCCUGCCCAGGACGGGCGGUGCGGGGCCCAGGCUGUGGGACCUGCGCCCUCCCCGCUGCCUCCCCGCGUCCCCAGAGGCCACAGACAGUGAGGACUCGGCUUCCUCUUCUCAGAAGUCAAGUCUGUCGACACAGAAGGCCCUGGAUCCCUUGCCUGCUCCCGAAAAGUUCAGGAAGCGAAGAAUGCCAGGCGGGAGCUUCCAGACGCCUGCGGACCAGGAGAGUCUGAGCUGCCUGGGGGAGGGCCUGGGCCGGAGGAAUGGCUCGGGGGGCUGGAGCCAGAGCACCGUGUCCCACUCAGCGGCCUUGGUGCCCGAGCCGCAGAGGCCCCCCAGCGAGAGCGAGGUGUGUCCCAGGCUGCCCUUUGCUGUCGCGCCUGGCAAGAGGCCCGCCCUGGAGGGGCUGCUCCUGGAAGCUCUCCUUGACCUGGUGGACAGGUACUGGAGUGGCUGCAGAUCGCUGCAUGGCAACGAGCUGUUCCUGGCUCAGGCACGACACAUUUUGUCAUCUCUUCAAGAAGUUACAGCUGCUCAGGACAGUUCAACCACUGUGAGUGAAGAAAUUGGCUACCUGACUCUGGAGAAUAAGUCUUUGCACAGUCACCUGGGUGAGCUGCAGCGGCAGUGCGGUGCGAAGCUGAGCGAGGUGGUGCUGGAACUUGGCAGCACUCGGAAGGAGAUGGAUUACCUGCGGCAGCGUCUAGACAGAUCUCUGGACGAGAGCAGCAGCCUAAAGUCCCUCCUGUGCAGCGUGAAGAAAGACGUGAGGGGCGCCGAGGCCCCAGCCGCGCUGACCGUGCAGAUCACUGGGUUGCAGACCAGUGUGAAGAGGCUUUCUGGCGAGAUCGUGGAGCUGAAGCAGCACCUGGAGCACUACGACAAGCUCCAGGAGCUCACCCAGAUGCUGCAGGAGAGCCACAGGUGCCUGGGCUCCCGGGCUGGCCGCACCUGCCCCCUCGGCCGGGGCUCGUCUGCUCUCUUCCACGCACGGAGACUCCCCUUUCCUCCCUGGCUGUGUGCGCGCGGAGUCCAGCUUUCAUUCAGUGGCCUGGGGGCUGAAAAGCGGGUGGCGGCUGCAGGAGGGCAUAGGCCGCUGGGGUUCAUCCCAGCCCCAGGCAUGUGGGCAGCGCUCUGGCCCUACCCGCCCCUUUCCUCUGCUCUCCCCUCUCCUCUCACUCAGGCCACAGCCCCCUGGGCUCCUCGGAGCACAGCGCAGAGGGCAGGGCUGGGGCCCUAGGGCCAGGGCAGGGGGCGCUCGCCAGCCUGGUGGAGGGAGUGGCCCUGCGCCGGCUGCUGCUCGUGGUCCACAGACGGCCCUCGGUUGGUGCCGCCGGCGAGAGGGCCGCCUGGAAGCGGCAGCCCCUCUCUGUUCCUGAAACCCACCCGUGUUGAAAAUGGUUCCAAGGGUGGAAAGUCAGGACUUCCCAACGAUGCUGUGGCCACGGCAGCGUUAGGAAGAGGGCCCUUUCUGUUUGACCGGGAAGUAGAACUAGCUCAGUCUCUGGACCUGGAGCGGCAGGGGCCUCACCAGGCCCGAGGCGCUCGUCAGGCCGUAGACCCAGCCCCGCCGGGCAGUGGGAGGGCUCCACUCUGGUCUGCCCCGCGCUGAGCGCCACCCCUGCCUCCGCUCCAGGUCCCUGGUCAGCACCAACGAGCGGCUCCUGCAGGAGCUGGGCCAGGCGCGGGCGCAGCACCAGGCAGAGGUGGAGCAGCUGCACUGGAGCUACCGCGAGCUCAAGAAGACCAUGGGCCUGUGCCCCGGCCGCCCCGGCCCCGGCCCCGGCCCCAGCCCCGGGGGCUGCUAGCCCUGGGCUCCGGCCCCACCAGCCGGCGCCCUCAGCGUCUCUCUCUCUGGAGGUGGCCGGCGAGCCUGGGCCUCAUGUCCUGAAACACCCUAAAAAGACAGGCUCAAGCCGGGCCCCUCUCCUCUUUGAAUGAGACAAACAGCAUUCAGUUUUCAUCCAGUAUCUUGAGGUGGAGAAAAUGCUGUAUUUUUCUGCCUAAUGCGCGAGAAAGCAGGUACGUAUGAGGAGCAGAAAGUCAGCUACUGAGGAACGAGCAAUGCUUGUGUAAUAAACAGACCCGCUUUCGGA